AUGAAGGACGAGGAGAUCCAACAAGCAACAGCCUCAGAGCCCCUCUCCCUCUCAGAAGAGUACGCCAUGCAGCAGUCUUGGCGGAACGACGCUGAUAAACUAACCUUUAUCAUCUGUCUUCCGGUGGCACCUGAGACGGAUAAUGGGAAUCUAAGUCUCACUGACGAGGACGAUGCUCCCACCCGCAUGAUUGGGGAUAUCAAUCUGUUUCUCCGAGUGGAGGAAGAUGAAGAAGAUGGAGACGAGGAAAGGAAUUCUAGCAACCCUCAGAUCAUCGGCGAAAUCGAGCUUAUGAUUGCCGAAAAAAAGGAUCAAGGGAAGGGCUUUGGGAAGGCUGCGCUCCUGGCAUUCCUGACGUAUGUUAUUGAGAGGGAGAGAGAGGUUCUGGGAGAAUUUGUGGUAGGCGACGAAGAGGCCAAAAAGGCCAUAGGCAAGGAGGUAAAGGAGCUGAAGUUUGGGGCGUUGAGUGUAAAGAUUGGGCAGGCCAACGAGCGGAGCUUGAAGCUUUUUGAAGGACUUGGGUUUAGUAAAAUCGGCGACAGUCCAAAUUACUUUGGAGAGUGGGAGUUGAGGAGGAAAGAGCUGGAUAUUGAGAGUGAAAAUCUGACGGUUGAUGGGUAUAGAGAGGUGGCAUAUAAGCGUAUUGCAUAG